AUGAUAUCAGCAGCACUGGCUCUUUCCCUCCAAAGCUUAGAAGCACCAUCCGCAACCACAACAUCUUCUUCCCUAACCCUUUCCAGAGUAGACUCAUGUAGUAGCAGCACCCAAGCGCUCCCAGACAGUUCCCGCCCUUUCAGCCCUCGCUUCCUACCAUUAAACCCGCCCAAUCCACUGAACACUACAAACCUCCACGCAUCCCAUCGCCCCAAUUGCCUCACGAAAGACCGCCUCACUGCUUGGACCCCCAUCACUACCCGCCCUCAUCCUAAUGCACCUUCACACCGUUUCAUCACCCGCCAAAACUUUGAACGCAUCACUUCAGUAAUAGUCAAUGCAUGGUCAUCUUCCAUGCGCAAAACUUAUGGCUCAGGACUUCUCAUUUUUUAUGCAUUCUGCAAUUCACAAAACAUCGCAGAGGCAGACCGGGCGCCUGCUCAUUCAGAUCUCAUAGCAUCAUUCAUUGCCACACUUGCUGGCCAGUAUUCCAACAAGACAAUUCGGAACUAUGUCUACGGAAUCCGGGCUUGGCACAUACUGCAUGGCCUGGAAUGGCACAUGAAUGAACCAGAAAUACCUUCUUUACUGACAGCCACCUGGGCCCUAAUCCCCCCUUCCUCUAAGUGGCCCCCUCGCGAACCCUUCACCAUUGAACUAAUUUGCAAAGUGAAAGAGGGUCUAGAUUUAUCAAAGCCAUUCGACGCGGCUUUCUUUGCUUGCAUAACCACCACGCUCUUUGCAGCUGCGCGUCUAGGAGAAUUCACCAUUGCCUCAGUCAGUGAAUUUGAUCCCAAUGUACACUGCUCCAUUUCCGGAAUCUCAGACGUUGUGGAUCGUCACGGAUUCAAGGUAAAAGGUUUUGUGUUACCUGUCACUAAAACAGAGAAGACACCCACAACUGUCUCCUGGGCUGAACAACAAGGUCCUUGUGAUCCAUUAGCAGCAUGGAACAAUCACAUUGACAUUGAGGUUAAUAAGCCACAAGACAGUGAUCACACAUUUGCCUACCGACAACCCCGUUCUUCAUCCCACACCCUCAAACCAAUGACUCGCAACGCGUUCAUCGAUAAACUCAACAGAGUAACAACUGCAAAACACUUACCCCACUUUUUGGGACACAGCCUGUGCAUUGGCACCACUUUCAAAUAUCUCCUUCGAGGUAUUCUAUUUGAAGUCAUGAAGGCCAAAGGUAGAUGGCGGAGUAACACAUUCUUGAUAUACUUGCAUCGCCAUGCCCAAAUUCUCACACCAUACAUUCAAGACAAGCCGGCUUUACAUGUAGCUUUCAUUCACUUUACGUCCCAGAAAGAGGCGUCAGCGGUUUUUCAACCUUCUUAG